AGUCGGAACUAUCAAAAAUAAAAACAAAAAAAAGCAUCAGGUUUCAUCUCUCACUCUCUCCCUCUCUCUCUCUCUCUCAAAUACCUAAUUUCUUUUCAUAUAUCUCUUCUCUACGGAUUCGAUAUAUGAACUCAAUGGUUCUUGUCUACGGAUCUCGUUGAUUGCUUCUGAUCUGUGGUUCAUCAUUGUCUCAUAGCAUCUCUCUCCAGGGCUGGAUCGCUCCGUUGCCGCCUCAUCUCUCCUCGAUUCUCCGAUUUCCCGGCGACUCUCCGGUAGCGAUUCCGAUCAGAUUCAGACACAGCAAUGACAUGGAAAACUGGCUUUUACAUCCCAUAAGGGAGAGCAACCUGCAAUUAUUUGCCCUUGUUUCUAUAUGGAUCUCAAGCAAAAUGCAUGAUUCUCAUCCUCUAUCUGUAAAAUGUUUGAAAUCUUUGGGAGACAAGAUGAUUAAGGAGCAACAUUUUACAACUCAUGAUUUUUUGGAAGCAGAGGUGGUCCUAAUGCAGGGAAUUGCAACGGUUGGGAAACUUGUAAACUUUGAAGCAUGCAUGGAUAUUAUGGAACUUCUCUAUGAAAAGGAUCAAACAUCAGCUCUUUAUAAUUCUCCCAAAUAUCUUGCUGCAUCAAUACUGGUUGCUUCAUAUGUUAUCACAGUUCCAAAACAGAGAUGGGAGUUUCCUGUUCUUCCUUGGGAUGCCUAUAAAAUGAUUGGAUCGAAUCAUGAAAGUGGGCCCCGUGGUGGAUUCACGAGGCCAGACCACAUGAAAUGUUGUGGACUGGAGAGAAGCUCUUCUCUUCCUUCCUGUUGUACAGUAUCUCCCUUACAUUGUUGAGCUCAACUAUGAACCAUGCAAGGCCCUGCAUACUUGCGUCGAUUUGAAGCUUGGGAGCUCUCUGCUAGAUUUUGAAUGCCAUUUCAACAAAGUCAUUGAAAAGAAGAUGCGAUGAGUUGAGUUGUUUUGUUUUGUUAUGUAGGUAGAACUCCAAUUAUAAUUUGUUCAUUGAAUAGUUGAAUACUACAAACAAUGCUAAUAGCACUAGCUUUAUAAAUUGGAAAUGAUACUUUUGAAAUCUCUGUCAGUUUAUGGUAUACAAUCAAGAUAGUACAUACUAAUGAAUUAGGAGCAUGAUAUUUGUUUGUUAUUGAAAUAUCUUUUGAUUAA